GUAAAAGCGCUGGUGGCGUCAUUCUGCUGAACACCGUCGGCCGAGUCGGAUGGGCAAGCUAUAGAGAGUCUUUCUGUUUCCUGUGUAGUGUCUGUGCAUCUGUGCGUGCACCUGUGUGCGCGCGCGUGUGUGUGUGUGUGUGUGAGGGGCUGGCAGCAGCUUCACCCUCACCUCAGGAAGCAAACGGGAGGAAAAUCUUGCGUGUGGCAGUUUUCUGUUCACUGUUUAGUUUCUACGUUUUUUGGUAGUGCUCUUGCUAAAAGAGCCAACCCAACCUCACCUCACCAACCAUUUUUCCUGUCGGAACGGUCUGAGUAAAAGCUUGCAAAGAUUGCAACAGCAAUAGAAAUUACAGCUAUGCCUGAAGUGCUCCCACUUUCUGGCAUGGCUGACGCCGAGCCGGACCUCUCGACGUUCGAGAACAAGUCCGGCCUGGCGGAGGACAUGAAGUUUCUCGCCUCGAUGCCGGAGCUGUGCGACGUGACGUUUCUGGUGGGCGAGACGCGCGAGCCGGUCUGCGCGGUCAAGGCGGUGCUGGCCGCCCGCUCCCGCGUCUUCCAGAAGAUGCUCUACCAGGCCCCGUCGCCGCAGCGCAAAAAGGAGCCGCCGCCGCGCGAGAACAAGCUGCGCCUCUUCCUGAAGCGCUCGUCCGAGCCGCUGCUGAACCUGCAGAAUGCGGCGCAACAGCCGGCCGGUCAGCAGCACCAGACGCUUAUAAUAGAAGAGUUCGAGCCGGACGUGUUUCGGCAGCUGAUCGAGUACAUUCACACCGGCUGCGUGACGCUGCAGCCCCGCACCCUGCUCGGCGUGAUGAAUGCCGCCGACUACUACGGGCUGGAGGAGCUGCGUCGGGCUUGUGGUGGCUUCGUACAGUGCUGCAUCAACGUGGACACGGUGUGUGCGCUGCUCGCGUCGGCUGAGCGCUACAUCCAGUACAAGUGCACCAAGAGCUUGGUGCAGAAGGUGCUCGAGUUUGUGGACGAGCACGGCAACGAGGUGCUGAACCUGGGCAGCUUCACGCUACUGCCGCAGCACGUGGUGAGGCUGAUACUGGCGCGGGAGGAGCUGCGGGCCGACGAGUUCACCAAGUUCCAGGCGGCACUGAUGUGGAGCAAGAAGUACUGCGACUCGAACCAGAACACGCCGCUCAAGGAGGUGAUUGGGAACUUUCUCGAAUACAUCCAGUUCCACAAGAUACCGGCGAACGUGCUGAUGCGCGAGGUCCAUCCGCUCGGGCUGGUGCCGUACUCGAUCAUCAUGAACGCGCUGGCGUACCAGGCAGACCCAGCAAGUGUGGACCCCGGAAAGCUCUCCCCCAACUCCAGCCGACACCAUCACCACAGCCAGCAUCUGCACCAGCCGAACAGUGGCGGGUCGAGCAGCUCGCGCUCGCUGCCCAAGAUACGGAAGGCCAAGUCGCAGAGCUUCCGGACCCGUCGCAGCCCCUCCGAGCGCAGCGCCAAGGGCGGUCACGUAUCGCCGUGGAACUUUAGCGCGCAGCUCAGCACCGGAACCGGUACGAGUACACAGGUGCAGCAGCAGCAGCAGCAGCAGCAGCUGCCAAAGUCUCCUGUCGGUAGUAUGACGCAUCUGGAGCAGCACCGCAGCUCGAUCAGCUCGGCCAAGAGUCCGUGUCUGUCGCGCCAGGGCACGUUGCGAUCGUCCCAUCGGCGGAAGAGCAGUCUCGGCGCUUCGCUUAACCUGAGCCAGGGACGGCGCAGUCCGAACAGCAUGCUGAACGACCGUAGCCCCUCGGGACGGCCCAAGAGUCCGAACCUGCUCAUCACCGAGCAAGCGUACGCGUCCAGCUUCGAUCGUCGAUCGCCCACGGCCAUGUCGUUCUCGGGCCGGCGCAGCCCGUCCGGACUGCGAUCACCUUCCGGUGGGCUACGGUCCCCGUCGGGGCGUCGAAGUCCGCUCGGCUUCAACCUGCAGUCGGAGUACUCGGAGCUGCUGCAGAGCCAGCAGGAUCGGUUCAGUCCCAACUCGCUCAGCAGCCACCAGUCGACGAGCGGGGCGGAUCGACGCACCAGCCCAACCAUCCAUCUACCUCCAGAGCGUAGUCGCAGCCCGGUCGGGUUCGGGUCCCGGCUCGGCGGCAGCCUGUACGGCCCCGUAGGGUCGGAAUCGCGCUCGGCCCGCACCAGCCCUACCACGCUGGGCACGAUUCCGCCGAUCACCAUCUCCAAUCCCUCGGAGACGUACGAGAUUGUGCAGAAGUCUAUCGAAACGAACCAGCAGCAGCAGCAGCAGCAGCGCAGCCCGAAGAGCCCCAAAAGCCCCAAGAGUCCCAUGAAACCUGAGCCGGGCGCAGCGAACGGUGGCGGCCAGUCAGCCCCCGAAAAGAAGGAGAAAACGAGCGUCAUGAAGGAGAUACUGGCGUUCGUGCGCAAACCCUCCAAGAAGGUUACGACGCGCACGAGCAAGUUUGCGGCGGCGUUCACGCGCACUGAGUCUACCACGGGAGCGCCUCUGCUGCGUCAGAGCACCUUCUCCAGCAUUCAGAACUCUUCCAGCUGUGCUGGGCGCAAUGCGAUCACCAAGCAGAUGUCGGAGAUUGCGUUCGAGCCGAUCAUGUCCUCGCUCAAGUGGAAGAACGUCGGCUCCAAGAUGUCGCUCAAGUCACUCAAGAAGCUGUCCCAGGGCAUGAGUGUUACCUCGGAUGGACGCUCGCGGGACAAGCGCUCCAGUGGCGACGAGGUGAGCGAUGUGGAGAGCAGUGACGGGGCGGCAGGAGCGUCAGGAAUUCCCAAUGCCUCGGAGGCGGUGUUUGAGGUGCUUGAGAGCGUCCAUUUUGAGAAGGUCGGCGAAGCGUACAUCAAGCACGACCAGAUACGGGAAGAGGAAAGUCCGCGCGGCUCGCAGGAUAGUGCGGCUGGCAGUGAUGACGAUGAGCGGCACGGGUCAGACGGUGGCCGUCUGCGGGUGACAGCUGUCAGCGAGAUCAAGAAAUCGUUGGAAGCUCUUUUUACACGCCAAGAACCGAUUGAUGAGGCGGGUGAAACGGGUGCCACGGGAACGACUCGCGAACCGGACGCCAUCCAAUGUCCAACGUUCGAGAUUGAGCCACCCUCCAGGAGAGCUUCCUUUGAUCCACCCCGCUCGCCGUUCUUGGAGAACCUGCGCAGCCUGAGUGACACCGAUCACGAGGGAACUCACCACAGCCGGUUGGAUUCGGGCGGUGAUAGCUUUGAGAUGAUUGACACGACCGACCGAAUGCCGGGAUCGAGCGUUUCCGGCGACCGCCACUCCUCCAUGGACACCAGCUUUGACAUCUCGCGCUAUCAAUCCACGAGCUACGAGGAUCAAAACUCGAGCUUCGAGCUGGUGGAGCUGGACAGCUCCCAGCGCGGUGACAAAACGCUCUCCCCGUUCGACAUCCGCAAGUCAUCGAUCGAGCUCGUCGAUGCGGAAACGUUCCAGCGCUCCGGCUAUCCGGAGGGUCGCAAAUCCUCCCUGGAGACGCACUUUGACCUUGCCGACAGCUACCAGCAGCAUCAGCAGCACCAGCAGCAGCGCUCCGCCAGCCCCCGAUCCGCCUUCUCGCUCAUCUCCAACUCGCGGGCACCGACGCGCAAGCAAAUCUCCGAGCCGGGCCGCUGCCGGGACUCACUGCCACGAUCCGGUGCACCGGCGGGCCCCGGCACCGGCAUGAAGACGCACUACUCCGCACCGCACCGUGCCAAAUCGCCGCUCUCGAACCAAACCUCGUCCAACUUUAGCUCGCGCGACAGCUACGACUCCAUCUUUGAGUCGAUGCCACCACCGCCACCACACUACCACACGCACCAGCAGCAGCAGCAGCAGAAGAGCCCGUACUCGUCGUCCGACCCGAAGCAACACUUCCCGCUGCCGCCCCGCAAGUCCUCGAACGAGUCGCCCCGCUUCCUCUGCACCGACAAGCGCUGUGCCGCCAUCUUUGAGCCGCGCCCGUCGGUCGGUUCGAUCGGGACGGUCAGUGCGGGCGGCGGCGUCGGUGGCGGCAUCGGUGCGGCCUCGGUGACGGGCCGGCUGUCCUCCUGCUACCUGGACACGUCGAGCGGCAGCGAGUUCGAGCCGCCGUCACCGCGCCGUGCCGCCAGUGCCUCGCCCAAGCACACCUUCACCUUCCGGAUCGUGCUGAAGAAGGUGGACAGCUCGCCGGACGCGAUCUGCCCGUCGGCCGAGCGGCGCCAGCUGCGCGAAAAGGCCGAAAGCCGCCACAAGCGGCGGGACAGCCGCCGGAAGAAGCUGCUCGAAAUCGGCAAGAGCUUCUAAGAAGCAGAAGAAGAAGAAGAAGAAGAAGAAGAAGAAGAAGAAGAAGAAGACAGGAAACGCGCGCGCGCCGUCGAGAUCACACAGAACCAAGCGGGUUGGAUCUCGCCUCGCAACGAAGGAAUUGGCGUUCUGGCGUUGAACGCUUCGUUUUGUUUGCAUUUCGUUUGUGUUUAUUGUUGUAGUACGAGCAAAACUGUAUGAAUCUCGAGUAGCUGGAACUGCUCGAAUAGUUAAGCAGCACAAGUUUAAGUAGUUUAGUUCAACUCGUUUCAAAGCAUUCAAUCAGAGCGCGACAUUGUUAUGAGUUCUGCAUUAACACAGGAGGUAAAGAUUCAGUAAAUCGGUAAUAACUUCUCAAGAGUUUCUAAAUUACCAGACAAACUAAUGAUUGGGGAUGGCAAAUGAAAUUUUUGCAAACAUUUAAUAACACUCUAGCCGUCGUUUUUUGCAUGUCUUGACAGUCAAACUCACUCAUCAUAUCAAUAAUCGAUCGUUUUUCCCCCGUUUGACUUAAUAUUUGACUAAGCGUAUUUGAAAUUCCAGAACACCGCAGCAUAUAUGGGGCAAAGUGUGUGGUUCAUUCACUAACCGUUCUGAUCGUGGUUCAGAUUAAGCAUACUACAGGAACGUUUUUAAAACUAACUCUCCAUCUUGCCGGUGCCGGUAUCGACGUUUUUGUGGCGAAAGUAUCAUCUUCCCACAGCACAUGCACUUCCUACAAACGAAACGUGUUCAACAAAUAAUAUUAACAAAAGAAAAGUUUGAAACGAGUGGACGUAAGUGAAGUAAAAAAAAAAGCUAUACCGUAACCGUUCCUCCUCAGGUGUACUUGAUAAUCGUUUAGAAAGGAAGGUAGAGUCAUGCAGAGUUGUUGUAGUAACCCCUGUACUGUUUCACUCACUUUCCUUUCCACCUCCGAUGGCACAAAAUCGUGUUAAAGACCCUUUCUUACUUCUCCCUCCACAAGAUACCCACCCACGUUUUCCAAAGUGCAAAACACCUCGAAAAUCAAACGCUCGAUCUCGCGCGUGCGAGCAUCGUUAAAAUUCAGAUGUAUAUGAAAAGUAGUAGAAAUGUUACAUUUUUCACUCAAAUUCGUAAAAUUUAUCAAAUGUUACCCCGUGUUGCGUGAAGCAGAAGAAGGCUCGUUAUUUAGUAUCGAUCUACACACCACUUUGAUGGAAGAUUGCAACACACGGUACACACGGUUCACACAGCCUGAUGACUGAUGAUGGCACUCAAAUUGCAGCACACAUUUACUUUACAUGCUCCUUGCAGUGAGAACCGUUACAGAAACUGAGCAGUCGCUCAGAAGACAGAAGCACAGUGCAGAGGCAGUGCAGGUAUAGGGCCAGCAAGUACUGAAGGGUUUCGGUGGACAGACUGGUUGGUUCGGACGUUCGGUACAACUGGCAGACAGAAUAGAGAAGAAAGAAGAACAACAAACACGCACACUUGUAAACUUUCCGGGAUCAAAUCGUCUUCUCUUAGGCACUCAAAUCAAACUCACACUCACUCUUUCUCGGGCAAACGGACAAAGAGCACAAGAGCUGGUUUCGAUGUAGCGUUUACAGAUAGGGUAGAAUAUACUGGAGUAUACUGGUAGUUCCGGCAACAACUACUACGGCAGCAACAACAGACAACUUGUGCCGGGCUAUAUGGGCUGACGCUGUCGAUCAGCCAUGUGACAACAAACUCACCAAACACAACAACAAACAAACAUAAAAACAAACAAACAACAGAGACACUCUGGAGGGGUCCGUCUUAACUGUAUACGCGAAUGUGUUUCCCAUUUGUGUUGGCGCGCUGUAACGCUUUCCCGCAUCCUUUCGCAAUCCCCCAGCUAGAAUAGGUGUAACUCCCAGAUGUGACAACAUGGUGUGACGGGUUCGUACGGAUCGAAAAAAAAAAAGAUCAUGCCGGCGACACUGAAACUGUUAUACGUGUAUUUUGUGUGAGUGUUUGUUCAUGAAUGUCGACUAUCUAUAAUGUCUAUGUUGUGAACCAGAUGCGCAUUCCAGCAUGUCCCGCAAUCUACUAGCACGAUCACGAUCCAGUGUGCCCCAGAUGCAUGUUACUGGAUAUUUCCAAAGGAUCUCCACUCAAUUCUACAACAUUCUUUCCCUUCUUUCAUUGUGUGCCAAUAAUACACUCACUCUUAGGACCCUUCAUUCCUUAAUGUCCUCAAUCCCAAGGGCAGCAAGCCAUUCUACAGUUCUAUCGAUAAGCCAAAAGAUGACGCCAAGAGACGGGAAUCCACAUGGACUCUUAUCACAACUGAAGCGUUCCAGCCACAGACACUACGGAUGGCCAAGGCUCCACUUUUAUGACACCCACAGACUCUACGGAUGGCCAAGGUCCAGUUACUCAUGAAAACUCAUUCGCCCACUGGAAUACAUCAAACUUUAACACACACUCACACACCUUUUACCCACCCAAUCGUAUUUUGAGACAGUCAAAGUCAAGGAAAUCCAUUUGUCUACAUCCAUUUAAUCGGUGUAUGUUGAUUGACAAAACCAAACAAAAAAAAACGCACACACACACACAACCAAGCAAAAUAUACAUACAUAUAUAUUGAUGAUGAA